AUGAUGGGGCAAUCGGCAGACAGGAACGCCAUCGACUGUCCAUCCGGACACGGCUGUGGGGAUUCGGGCCGAGAGCAGUUGAGUCCAGAUUCAGCUGGCUGCUGUCGCCGCGGCAACAGGGACCCCAACAAGUACCUAGCGAGGCACGUGUUGCCACCCCCUGGCCUAUCGCUCUCUCCAUUUUUCCCAGUUCGUCCAUGCGCCGAUCAAUCUGUCCAGGUCAGCCGAAGAGGCAGAUGUCCAGUUAAUUGA